GUUGCAGUCUCACUCUGCCCCUGCUUUCUUUUCUCCGCCCAGUUAUUGCACAUUUUAUCGUGAUUUCACAAAUCGCCAAGUCGCAAAUAAACGAAGUCGCACUGACGAAAUUUUUCGAACAAUUUCAACUCUCUUUCGAGCAGUUAUUGAUAAUACAGAUAAAGUUUAGACGAGGAUAAUCAAGCUAGGAGAUUUCACUUUCAAGCCCUUGCAAUUGAAGAACAGCUAAAAUGCCAUCUGCGACGAAUAACCCAAAAACCCCGUCGGAAAAUGUGGAGUCAUGGAUAGAAAAGAUUGUCGACGGAGAGGAAGGUUCCACCCCACGACAAGUAUUUUUAGGGGGAGUGUCAGGAUGGCUGACAGGCUUCUUGGCUAUGAAAGUGGGGAAAGCAGCAGCAACUGCGGUGGGAGGAGGAAUCAUUUUGCUACAGAUUGCCAAUUAUAAGGGUUACAUCAAUAUUAACUGGAACCGACUUAACAGAGAUGCAGAAAAAAUCCAAAAACAGAUUGUGACAGGUGCAAAGCCAGAUUGGACAGAUAAGUUGGGAAAUAAGUUGAAUAAGGCAGCGGAUAAGGCGGAGCAGCUCGUCUCGCGUGGUGAGACGGUAUCACGACGCUGGUACCACAAACUCGCGUACGGCGAAGACCUGAGGGCACGCGAUAUGCAAACAUUUUUCAUGGCUUUCGCUGCCGGCGUUGGAAUCGGCAUCCUUUCGGGGACUUAAUUAUUGAAGAGGAGAAGCAUUUACAGCAUUUACAAAAUGCAGAUGCUUUUUUUAGUCAGCCAACUUGAAUAACCAACUUGAAAAAUAGUUUGUUUAGAAUUUCUCAUAAUCUCGUAUACUUAAUUUAUUUCAUAAGUUCCUUAAUAUCAUGUUAGACUCCUGUUCAUUCUGUGAUCAACUCUGCUUUUGUUUGUGAUCUGAAUUUAAUUUCAUAGUCUGAAAAAAAUGUAAUGAAUAUUCAAUUAAAUUAACAUUAUGAAAAAGAUGCAACGAUCAAGAUGAGAUUAUUCUCUCAAUUAAUCGAUAUGAAGUUGCAGUUGUGAAUAUAUGUAUCUCUCUCUCAUCUCAUUUAAAUUUGUAAAUACAAUCUAAUAAACUUCAGAAACAAGGUUAGUCUGAACACUAACCUGAAUAAAUGCAUAAAUAAAUAAAGAUCUUACUAUUAUAAAACCA